UCUAAAUCGGUGAAAAGAUUCUUUGAAAUUUUAUCUUUAAUGGCCAAGAAGAAUCAUUUGUUGAUGCAUCCGGAUUAUAAAUUUCAACCAGAUAAAAGCAAGAAGCAAAAAGGAUUGAAGUUUCGUGAGUUUUGUUUGAAGAAAACGAUUAACAAAGAUAAAAACUCUAAAAAAUCUCAUGACUUAACCGUGACCACAACGACCACCAUUAGAUCCAUAACUGACGAUAAACAACAAUCUUUCGACAAUUUAUCCAAAUUUCAGCAAGAAACUUUACUGUCGCCCAAGCAAAAAGCUCUUAAUGUUCCACAAUCAUCUCAAAUGUUAGAUUAUGGUCUUCCUGAAAUUGAUCCAUUUAUAUUAUUUUCUUAUCCAUGGGCAUAUUAA